AGCUAAGCUUAUCUAGCUAGCUCAUAGCCUCUCAAGUUGGAGCUGCCAGUGCGAGCUAGCUAGAAGAAGAACCUCAGGCAGCUGCUAGCAAUGGCGAAAACUUGCACCUUAGCGCUACUCGGCGCACUGGUGGUGCUCUCACUUCUCGUUAGCCCCGUUGCUUGCUCCACCCGCAAGCUGGCCGCCAAGGCCCCCGUCAAGGCCGCCCCAACAAACAAAACCACUGCCUUUACCAACCCCGCUGCUUCUGCCGCCUACAGCUCCGGCGGCUGGCUAGCCGCCGGCGCGACGUAUUACGGCAACCCCAACGGCGACGGAGGCGAGGGUGGCGCGUGCGGCUACCAAGGCGCUGUCGGGCAGCGGCCGUUCUCGUCGAUGAUCGCCGCCGGGAGCACACCACUCUUCCUAAAAGGCUUGGGCUGCGGAGCUUGCUAUGAUGUUAUGUGCUCGAGCAACAAGGCAUGCUCUGGCAAGCCGGUGACCGUCGUCAUCACCGACCUGAGCCCCGGCAAUCUCUACCCCGGCGAGCCGGCCCAUUUCGACAUGAGCGGCACCGCCCUGGGCGCCAUGGCCAAGCCUGGCAAGGCCGACCAGCUCCGUGCCGGCGGUGUCAUCAGAGUCCAGUACAAGAGGGUGCCAUGCAAGUACCCCGGCGUGAAGAUCACCUUCAGGGUGGACCAGGGCUCCAACCCCUUCUACUUCAAGACCCUCAUCGAGUUCGAGGACGACGACGGCGACCUCAAGGCCGUCGCCCUCAAGCAGGCCGGCAGCACCUCCUGGACGCCAAUGAGGCAGGACUGGGGCGCGCUGUGGCGCCUCAACAAUGGCCAGCGCCUCCGCGGCCCCUUCUCCCUCCGCCUCACCUCCGACUCCGGCAGGAAGCUCAUCGCAAAGAACGUCAUCCCCCUCAACUGGAAGGCCGGAGCCACGUACCGCUCCCUGGUUAACUACCCCUAAGUACUUAUUUAUCCUUCUUUUUUACUGCACCGUGCUUGGUCAUCAAGCACUUGUGCAGGGUGUCUGUGUGUGUGGUAAUUAUGAUCGAUUCGUACCGUGCGUAAAUUUAUACCGCGGUAGAAAUGCGCGUCCGGGUGCUGCCAGAUGAGGAGGGGAUUGCCGAAAUCUGCUCUCCCCUCCAUGUGUCAUCUGCUCCCCUAGCGAUGUGUCUGUAUUUUUAUUUCCUCUGCUUUUUUGUAAUUUUGUUGUUGACGACAAGCUUGGGCAGCGACCAAAGUUGCAUGCCAGUGUAAUUAUCAUGUUGUGUGUUUUUUAUCACGCAAUCCGUGAGAGAAAUGAAUG